AAUUUGGUGAAGAACGAGACGUUCGUGCGAAAGUUGAGGGCCAAUGGAAUAAGUGGACAACUAUUAUGAGACGGCCAUGGAAUCUUCUCGAAAGAGUCUGUUCUGUAAAUGCACCGAAUUUCUUCGUAAACAACAUUGGAAAUCGUGAAUUUAUGCGCGAAGUUGAUAUCUCUAGUGCUAAUGCUCCCCUUUCGCCUGCGGUAUGGCGGUAUCUAGUGGUUGUGGAUAGUCGACAAGCUGACUAUUCCUCAAUAGAUAUCACCAAAUUAGCGGAUAAACCUACAUCGGACUAUGACAAUACUCCCUACUAUAUUACUGCCUCCUUAACACCUGACCAAGUUCAUCGAAAUAUCGACUUUCGAUUAGGUGAUGGAAAAGUCCACGGUGGUUACUUGAACUAUCCCCUAAAAGAAAGCCAGACUGAUCCUCGAUGGACGCUGAUCCCAAUGACGCAAUUGGAAAAUGAGAUUAUGGAACCGCGACUGAAGACAUGCGGUUUUACCGAAGAAGGAAAUUUCGAGUGUGACAUGCCACUGGGAGAAUUUAUCUCAUACAUUCCAAUGUGGAUAAAAACCGCAUGGACGUUGAUCCCAAUGACACAAUUGGAAAAUGAGAUUAUGGAACCACGACUGAAGACAUGCGGUUUUACGGAAGAAGGAAAUUUCGAAUGUGACAUGCCACUGGGAGAAUUCAUCUCAUACAUUCCAAUGUGGAUAAAGACUGCCUUGGUGCUGUGUUUUUCAGCGAUUGUAUUCUGCUUCUGCAUAAUGCUUGCAUGUGGUCUACGACGAUUUUGUGGUGAGAAAAGUUUAAAAUUAUUAAAAUUUGAAAUUCAUUAUUGUUGUGAAUUCAAGCACCUAAAAUGUUGAGU